UGUACGGGCUUUUAUUUUAAAACUGCCACUUGGGUUUGGAUUUCAACCACUUAGAGCCGAACAUUGUGGUUGAAAAUGAAUUUCAGCGACGCUAAGAAUAACAUUCUACAAAUCUUGAACAGAACAGACUCUCAGGAUCUUGCUAAACUGAUCAGUUGGAUGAAGCAUUCAGAUGAUCUUGAUAAUUACUUGGGUGACAAUCAGAGAGCUAUACUCCAAAGCAUCGCAGAUGACCUAAGGUGUUGUCUUCCCCUUGAGGCUAUGUUUCCUUCAGAGACCAUGGCCAUUCAGAAGACUCAGCAGAACCCCAAACCAACUGUGCAUGUGGAUGCGUUUUUGUAUGAUGAGGAAACUAUAGAUUGUCUCUGUGAAGAGGGCAAGAUGAGUCGCAAUUUCUGUCUCAGUUGUGGAUCGCAUAAAACGGCUCCUAUGGAGUUCAUCUCACAUUCCUUCUCAAUCUCGGAGCUCCAGUUCCUGUUUUUUCACGUUCUCCCAGACCUGACAGGAAAGCUUGUAGUAGAUGUUGGUUCCAGACUUGGAGCAGUGCUCUAUGGGGGCUACCUCUACAGUGCAGCAGCACAACUUGUUGGAGUAGAAAUAUGUGAAGAGUUUGUCAAGCUUCAGACAAUGACCGUGGAGAAGUAUGGCUUCAGUGACAGAAUUCAGGUGAUUCAUGCAGAUAUAUGCUCUCAGGCAGUGUUAUUGCAAAAUGCAGAUGUUCUAAUAAUGAACAAUGUAUUUGAAUACUUUAUGGAGCCCAAAGACCAGGUAAGAGCUUGGCAGUUCAUUAAACAAAAUUUCCUAAAGCAAGGUGCAUUAUUGGUCACUGUUCCAAGCCUUCAAGAAACUCUCAUGUCACUUCAAGAAACAAAUGGAGCACCAGCAAUUGCCAACUGGAUGCAGGAAGUACCUCUUGAUUACAAUAUUUAUCUACAAAAUGACACAGACACAGAUUCCCUAAAGCAAAUACAUCUGUACACAGUACUUUGAUAUAAACACAGAAAAACACAAAAUAAAUUUUUUUGUAAUAUAA